AUGCCCAUCCAACGCAUCACCUCAUUCAAAUUCACCAACGAAUCGGACGUCCCGGGCUUCCUGGAGCAGUACAAGGUUCUGGAGAAGGAGAACCAAAAGGUAUGUCACAUGGAACCCGGCUCGCCGCCUCUCAGAGCUCAUAUCUUGUGGCCUCGCAGGAUGGGAAGCCCUACGUGCUCUCCGUGAACGCCUACCCCCUCGUCUCCGAUCCACGCAAUCAGGGCUACAACGUCAGCGCCGUGACCAUCUUCAAAGACAUGGAAGACGUCAAGUAUUACGACGAUCAGUGCGAGGCGCACAAGAAUCUGAAGGCCUGGGCGGGUGGGAAGGUCCAGACUGCACCUUUGACCUUGUUGAUGGAGGUCCCUGCGUGA